AUGUUCGGAUGGCUGCGUGAUGCACUUGCCAGUGCCCCAACUUCUUUUAAUAAUCGUCACGUUCACACACCUUCUGUUUUUCGUCAACAAAAACAAAAACAUCAUGAACAAAUUUCUUCUGAUGAUGAUGAUAUCAAUCAAUCAAAUGAUAAUUCAUUUUAUCAUAAUCCAUAUCAUUCAAGUGGACAAAUGAAUUAUGCUGAUGUACCACAACAACAAUAUACUAAUGAACAUACUUAUCCAACUUAUCUUGCAAGACAACAAACAUCAAAUAUUGAAAAUCAAACACUUGAUCAUCAAAUUCAAACGAAAUUGAUAUCAUUACAUCAACGUCCAACUCAAUUAGAUUGUUAUUCUCAUAGACAACAUAAUUAUGCAUAUAGAAAUCGAACUCUACCAAUACCAGUAUUACCAGCAACAACUCGUUCUUCGUUUACAUCGAAUCGAAAUGAAGAAUGUAGAAAUAGUAAUGAAGAACGAUCGGACGAUGACGAAGAAGAAGAUGACAAAGAAGAAGAAGAAGGAGAAGGAGACGUUGAUGAUGAUGAUGUCAAUGAUGAUGAUGAUGAAAGAUCAUCGUUAACUGAACCCUAUCAUGGUAUUCCCGGUUAUUAUUCAGGUCAAUAUUCUCAUAUUGAUGAACAAUUUGAUUUUGCAUCCGUUGUUUUAUGGUAUAAAAAUGUCAUGCAAUCGGUUAAAAAAUAUCUGUGA